AUGGCCGGCAACGUUUGGCAUCCCGAAGACGUAGGAUUACAACAAAUACUCCAAUUGUUGAGGGAAUCUCAAUCCCCAGACAACAGCACUCAACGAACUGUUCAACAGAAAUUAGAAGAAUUGAAUACUUAUCCUGAUUUCAACAAUUAUUUGAUCUAUGUAUUGACUAAACUAACUAGUGAAGACGAGCCUACUAGAUCACUCAGCGGUUUGAUAUUGAAAAACAACAUUAGAACUCAUUAUGAAAAGUUUCCCAUACCGGUAACGACCUUUAUCAAACAAGAAUGUUUAGGCAGUAUUGGAGAUCCAUCUCCUCUGAUCAGGGCAACAAUUGGCAUAUUAGUUACUACAAUCGUAGCAAAGGGAGGCCUAGAAAAUUGGCCAGAUCUUUUGCCAUGCUUGUGUCAAUGUUUAGAUUCAGAGGACUAUAAUGUCUGUGAAGGUGCCUUUGGUGCCUUGCAAAAAAUUUGUGAAGACUCUGCUGAAUUGUUAGACAGUGAGGUAUUAAACAAGCCGUUGAAUGUUCUUAUACCAAAAUUUUUGCAAUUCUUCAAACACAACAGUCCUAAAAUAAGGUCGCAUGCCAUAGCUUGUGUUAAUCAGUUUAUCAUUGGUAGAACAGAAGCUUUGAUGUACCAUAUUGAUAGCUUCAUUGAGAAUCUGUUUUUCCUAUCAACUGAUGACGAUCCUGAGGUGAGGAAGAAUGUUUGUCGUGCAUUGGUCAUGCUGGUGGAGGUACGAAUGGACCGACUAAUUCCACACAUCACGAGCCUUGUGGAGUACAUGCUGAUAAGGACUCAAGAUCCUGAUGGCUCAGUUGCUCUGGAGGCGUGUGAGUUCUGGCUCUCAUUAGCAGAACAACCAAUCUGCAAGGAAGUACUUGUCGGCCAUAUAUCAAGGCUAGUGCCAGUCCUUAUUAAGGGCAUGAAGUACUCUGAAAUCGACAUCAUCCUACUGAAGGGAGAUGUUGAGGAUGACGAGACCGUACCAGACAAGGAAUGUGACAUCAAACCAAGAUUCCAUCGAUCGAGACGACACAGUCUUGGAAAGUUUGGAGAGGAGGAAGGUGAUGACGAUGAUGAUUCAUUAGAUGACGAUGCCCUCUCAGAUUGGAAUUUAAGAAAGUGCUCAGCUGCAGCCUUGGAUGUUCUGGCUAAUGUAUUUCAUGAUGAUAUCCUUCCAAUUGUCUUGCCCAUUCUCAAAGAUCUGCUCUUUCACCAGGAUUGGGAGUUGAAGGAAUCAGGCAUAUUGGUGUUGGGAGCUAUUGCAGAAGGAUGCAUGAGUGGGAUGGUGGUGCAUUUACCUGAGCUGGUGCCAUAUUUGGUGACCUGUUUAUCGGAGAAGAAAUCUCUCGUAAGAUCAAUAACAUGCUGGACAUUGAGUAGAUAUGCACACUGGGUAGUUGGCCAGCCACAUGAGCUCUAUCUGAAACCACUGAUGACUGAGCUGUUGAAACGUAUUUUGGAUGCGAACAAGAGGGUUCAAGAAGCUGCAUGUUCAGCAUUUGCCACAUUAGAGGAGGAAGCCUGUACUGAACUUGUUCCUUAUCUCGGCUUUAUCCUAGAGACACUUGUCUAUGCUUUUCGCAAGUACCAGCACAAGAAUUUAUUGAUUUUAUAUGAUGCCAUUGGGACAUUAGCUGAUUCUGUUGGUCAUCAUCUCAAUAAACCAGAGUACAUAAGUCUGCUCAUGCCUCCACUUAUUGACAAAUGGAAUAUGCUCAAAGAUACUGAUAAGGAUCUUUUUCCACUUCUUGAGUGUCUUUCAAGUGUGGCAACUGCAUUGCAAUCUGGAUUUCUUCCUUAUUGUGAGCCAGUCUUUAGAAGAUGCGUUUCUCUCAUCGAACAGACUCUCAACCAGCAUUAUGCCCAUCAAAGAAAUCCCGAUCAGUUUGAGGCUCCUGAUAAGGAUUUCAUGAUAGUUGCAUUGGACUUACUGAGUGGUCUUGCCGAGGGCUUGGAGCAGCACAUCGAAGGCCUGGCAUCAAGUAGUAGCUUGCUCAAGUUGUUGUACCAAUGCAUGCAGGAUUCCUUACCUGAAGUUCGUCAAAGUUCGUUUGCUCUUCUUGGAGAUCUUACAAAGGCAUGCUAUUCUCAUGUUAAACCGUUCAUAGGUGAAAUUAUGCCUAUAUUAGGCAAUAAUCUCAACCCUGAAUUCAUAUCAGUUUGCAAUAAUGCCACCUGGGCUAUUGGCGAGAUAUCUAUAAAAACUGGUGAGGAGAUGAGGCCUUACAUACCACUUGUCCUGGAUAGACUGAUCGCUAUCAUCAACAGACCUAACACUACAAAAACGCUUCUUGAAAAUACUGCCAUAACAAUAGGUCGGCUCGGCCUUGUCUGUCCCGAUGUUGUCGCUCCUGCCCUUCAACAAUUCAUCAGGCCAUGGUGCAGUUCAUUAAGGAAUAUAAGGGAUAAUGAUGAGAAAGAUUCAUCAUUUCGAGGAGUUUGUGCCAUGAUCAACUUGAAUCCGUCGGGAGUUGUACAGGAUUUCAUCUUUUUCUGCGAUGCAGUUGCCUCUUGGGUCAAUCCAAAAGAGGACAUGAAGGAGAUGUUUUUCAAGAUACUGCAUGGGUUCAAAAAUCAAGUUGGUGAUGAAAAUUGGAAGAGAUUUUCAGAUCAGUUUCCACCUCCAUUGAGAGAACGACUGGCCACGCAUUAUGGAGUGUAA